AUGGCCGCCGCCUCAGCCACACAAGCCACCGCCGCAGAGGCGGCCGCGCCGUGCUCCACCACCAAAACCGAGUCCACCUCGUCGUCGUCGUUCCUCCGCGCCCGCUGCGCGACCACGCGGUACCCGGACGUCUGCUACGACUCCCUCCUCCCCUACGCCUCCACGUUCCAGACCAGCCACGUCAAGCUCGCCGUCGCCGCGGCCGACGUCGCCGCCGCCCACCUCCGCGCCUUCUCCGCACGCGUCAAGGACAUGCUCCUCCACCGCGGCGGCGGCUCGGAGGAAGCCGCGGCCAGCAGCGGUGGUGGCGCGGCUCGCGUGGACGCCGUGCUGCACGACUGCGCGAGCACCAUCUCGGCGGCGGCUAACCUGGCGAAGCGGUCGUCGGCGGAGCUCACACGGCUGGACGCGGACACGGCCGCCUCAACGGAGACGUCGACGUCCGGCGGGAGCAGGCAGGCGAGGUGGCAGCUCUCCAACGCGAAGACGUGGCUCAGCGCCGCGAUGACGAACGAAGGGACGUGCUCAGACGGGUUCGAGGACGCCGGCGCUGCCGCCACGGCGUCGCCGGCCGGGAAGGAGGUCGCCGCCGGCGUGGCGAGCGUGACGCAGCACACCAGCAACGCCCUUGCGCUUGUCAAUGGCAUUCCCUUAUGA